AUGGCGGGGGGGGGGUAUUUUUGUGGGGGACCGGAAAAUCCCUGCUUAGGAGCGUUAGUCAACUUCUCAAAGCAGAUACCUGACCCGCGAGAUUUGCGGCGUACUGCACAGCUGGUAGAAUGCUUGAAAAAUUUUAACCUAUUCGAAACCGACGAGGAAAUGCAUGCAAGGAUCGAGGUUCUUCGCAAACUCAACUCAUUAGUGAAAAAUUGGGUGCGAAAGGUGUCGGAGUCUAAGCUUCCUGCUGAAAUGUGUGAAAAUGUUGGUGGGAAGUUAUUCACUUUUGGAUCAUAUAGAUUAGGAGGCGCUGAUAUUGAUACGCUUUGUGUAGCACCUAGGCAUGUUGACCGGUCGGAUUUCUUUGGCUCAUUCUACGACAUGCUCAAAGCAGAUGAUAAUGUUACUGAUCUACACGCCGUCGAAGAUGCAUUCGUCCCCGUCAUUAAGCUCAAAUACGCUGGCAUUGAGCUUGAUAUCCUUUUUGCGAGAUUAGCUUUAAAGGAAGUGCCUGAUGAUCAAACCUUGAAUGACGACAUGCUUCUCAAGAAUCUGGACGAUAAGAGCAUCAGAUCAUUAAACGGUUGUCGAGUAGCCGAUGAAAUAUUGCGCUUAGUGCCAUAUCCUGAAGCAUUUGCAUUGUGUCUGCGGGCCGUUAAGUUGUGGGCGAAGAACCAUGGCAUCUACUCAAAUGUUCUUGGAUUUCUCGGAGGUGUUACAUGGGCAAUAUUGGUAGCACGAACAUGUCAGUUGUAUCCCAAUGCUUCGCCUUCUAAAUUGCUCCUCAAAUUUUUUCUAGUGUUCGUUACAUGGGAGUGGCCCCUUCCUGUUGUUUUGAAAGACAUGGAUACCACUUGUCGGCCUGAUAUUGGCAACCUCCAAGAUUUAGUAUGGGACCCUCGAAUUCGUGGAUCCGACAGGUUUCAUCUCAUGCCCAUUCUAACUCCUGCUUUUCCUGAACAAAAUUCCACAUUCAAUGUCACGAAUUCAACGAGGAGCAUAAUGAUUAGCGAAAUGAAAGAAGGACUUGAAAUAAUGAAGGACAUUUACGAAGGUCGAGCAGAAUGGUCAAAACUUUUCGAGGAAGUAAAUUUCUUCACAAGAUAUAAGCACUUCAUUUCUCUGACUUGUGCAGCAAGAACAGAAGAGGAUCACUUGAUCUUUUGCGGUUUCGUGGAAUCAAAAAUCCGACAUUUAAUUGGUGCCCUUGAAAGGAAUCAAGGCAUUUCAUUAGCUCAUAUUAAUCCUCGGCAGUACAAGCCACUACCUACUGCUGUUCCUUCAUUCGGUCCUGGAUAUGAGAACCCAGUUUGCACAUUGUGGUUCAUCGGCUUGGAAUUUGAUCGUGCAAUGGCGAAAGCAUUCGAUUUGACUGUGGAAAUCAGCCAGUUCCAUCACAUAAUUGUAACGACUGGCAUUAAAAUGAAGAAUUACAAUGAUGGAAUGAAGGUUGAUCUGCAAUAUGUUCGGAGGGCCGAUGUUGGGGCAAUGGAUUUCCCGAAAGAGGAUUACAUGCGUGGUCGUCAUGCUGUUAGACGCACGAUUGCUCGAACGUCGUCUGGGACGGGCUCAAGUUCUAAUUUGGCUCGCAUGACCUCUGCAUCGACUGAGAAUUUGAAUAUCGCCACCAACUCAUCUUCCUCAUCAGAAAACCAACAAGCUGCGGUCAAUUCUUCAAGUGAAACACAGUGUGAAACAAUUGAAUCCAUUCAAAAGAGCGCGUCUACUCCAGAG